UCACACAGACAGUGACAGAAAGAAAACUCAAGCGCCUUCGACUUUGAAGGAACAAGCGCGGACAGUUGUAACAGCUGUCCGCGAUACGUCGUCAUUAUAUUGCAUUUCAGGAAUGUGAAAGUGGGUAAGAUUAAGCGCCGAUGACAUUUAGUUGCGGUGCAAACAGACUGAACGGAGGGUAGAUGGUACGCAGCGCACGGAGAGGAGAAAAGGUUUGUGACAAGGAAAGGUGCCCCGGGGACGUUGCUGAGAGACAUGCUCAUUGCGUGCACUAGCAGGGAGGGUGUCAGGGGGAUCUGCCACUAAGCACACAGGAGGACCCCGCCUCCUGCGGCGGCACGCGGAGAGCGAAGGCUUGUUGUCUCACCCCUGUGCCUGGCAGCCCCGCCGAUUCCACGUCACCCCAUCCUACAGUAGCCAUGGCCUUCACCCUGUCAGAGAUCAUGGCGGCGCGCCGGCAGCAGCGCGGCUCCAGGACGGCGGUGGAUGUGGACGAGUACAGCGCCAACCCCACGCAAGCCUUCACCUUCUACAACAUCAACCAGGGGCGCUUCCAGCCUCCCCACGUCCACAUGGUGGAGCCCCUGCCACACGACACGCCAAAGCCGCCCGGCUACACGCGCUUCGUCUGUGUGUCUGACACCCACUCGCGUACUGACGGCAUGCAGAUGCCCUACGGCGACGUGCUCGUCCACGCCGGUGACUUCACUGAGCUCGGCCUGCCCAGCGAGGUCAAGAAGUUCAACGACUGGCUAGGCACCCUGCCCUAUGAGAUAAAAAUCGUCAUCGCGGGCAACCACGAGCUGACCUUUGACCAGGAGUUCAUGGCGGACCUCAUCAAGCAGGACUUCUACUACUUCCCGUCCGCGUCUAAGCUGAAGCCAGAGAAUUAUGAGAACGUCCAGUCCCUGCUGACCAACUGCAUCUACCUGCAGGACUCGGAGGUGACUGUGAGGGGCUUCCGCAUCUAUGGCUCCCCCUGGCAACCCUGGUACUACGGUUGGGGCUUCAACCUACCCAGGGGACAGGCCCUGCUGGACAAGUGGAACCAGAUCCCCGACUCCACCGACAUCCUGGUGACACACUGCCCCCCGCUGGGCUUCCUGGACUGGGUCCCGAGGAAGAUGCAGCGCGUGGGCUGCGUGGAGCUGCUGAACACGGUGCAAAGGCGGGUUCAGCCCAAGCUGCAUGUCUUUGGGCACAUCCAUGAAGGCUAUGGAGUCAUGACUGAUGGUGUCACCACCUUCAUCAACGCCUCCGCCUGCACGGUGAACUUCCAACCCAUGAACCCGCCCAUAGUCUUCGACUUGCCCACUCCGAGGAGUACAUGAUUGAGAAAAGCCCCCUCCCUUUGCUCCUCCUCCCCUUACAGACCCCGACAGGUAACGGGUGUGGUCGGUUCGACAGAUAAGGCACUGGGCAGGGUGGGUGGGAGACAAUUUGUAAAUAUGCAAGGUUCCGUCGGACUGCGUCCAUGAUGACCGCUGCAGUCCAGCUUCCUGUAGAGUCCACGUGUGCAGCUGUGUUGUGUACCGUCUCUGUUUUCUUCUUUUAAAAAAUGAUUUCAGCACUAUUGCGCGAUGAUCUCUGUCCUCUGGAAGAGCGAUGUUUUUAAACCUCUGUUGACUUUGGUUAGUUGACAAUCCCCUGUGGCAGUCUCUCGGCUUGGAAAGCCAUCGCUUCCUCCCGUUGAUCCGGACUCUGAGAAAAGAGGCUCAGUAUCGGCGUCUCUCGACUCCUCCCCGCCGUCUCCCUGGGGUAUCCUCCUCGCGCGUUUCCGCCAUCUCCGAUUCGACGGAUGCACAAACGCCGUUUCCCCUGCACCAGCUGCUCGGUGCUCCUUCGAAGGUUUUGCGGAAGUGCGGAACCUUCCGAUGGUCCUGAACCCCUCCAGGUUCCGGGAGGCGACCCCCCCUCGCUACCCGAGCGGCCACAACCCUUGUAAGUACCGGGAUUGGCCCCCUCCGCACCGUGAAUUCUCGAGGCCCGGUUUUGAUGGUCCCCGCGCUGGCGAGGGCCCGGGGGAAGUGCAGAUCAAAGAGGACCUGAGAGGGAACAGGAAGCUGACGCCACAGGGCCCGUGUGAAAUUGAAUGUCAAGCACAUUGACACUGCUCUCCAGAGAUUCAUUAAAACUUUCUGUAGGCUUCUUAUGGAUCUAAAAAUGUGUUGAGGGGCUCUCCUAUGCUCUCUGUGUAAUUUCCCUGUGCCUAAUAAGCUCAACCUCUCAUCCUCUGCUGAAGUGUCAUGUUGCCAACAAGUUUAUUUCAGGGUCACUAGCAGUUAUCUCUUUUUAGAUAAUUGUUACUCAGCUGUGCUUCACACUGUGGAAUCAGAAGUUUGGUGUGUAUUAAUUGUCUUCUGAGUAGGGGUCAUGCAUCUCCUGGCUCCCACGAAAGAUGGCUCAUUCUGGAAGGCUGAAUACUUUUUUUUGUGGGUGUUUUUAGUACAACUUCCAGAAAGUUAAUAACAACAUUCCAGUUGUUAAAAUAUACUUUUAAUGUAUCGCUCAGUAGUGGGGAAAAUGUUUAAGUAAUUUAUUUAAUAUUUCACCUGUAAUGUAAUAAAUAAAUUAAAAUAAAUAUCUUUGCUCCAAAUAACGUCUGGCAUUUUUUCCAAAUACUUCUGUUCCUUACAAAUUAGUCUGUGUUUGGUUAAACGGAUAUGGUAUUUCAAAGUUUAAUGCAAUGGUUGGAAUUGUUAAUGGCUAUGGAAUUUCCUUUUUAACAAUGGUAGUAAGAAUAUGCUUGUACUGUAUGUGGACUGAGUCUGUUUGUUAACUGUUACCAUUGCUCACCUAUUUUGCACAAAUUUCUGUUCAGGUCAACCACUGUAAACAUGGCUUUUAUUAAAGUACUUCAAAGAAUAAUCACACUCUCCCUAAUAACUUAUACGUAAUGCGUAUUUCACAUGGUAAGAGUACAACUGGACUUUGAUCCUAGUGCUCCUAUUAUAAUUUAUUCAUGCUCCUUCUAGCUACAAUUUGCUCCUGUGAGUUUCAAAAUGGUUGCCAUUACCAGCAUACAUUGUACAGUAUUAUUAUGAAUUCAUAACAAUUACUAAGCAAUUUGGACCAUAUGAAUCGUGAGAGAAUUGAAUUUUAAGCUCAAUAAUGAUCGUUUUUAUUAUGUACUCUGAUUCCCAGCAAGCACUUAAAAUGAUUGUUACUUUUAUGCUGGCACAAACACUUAAAGAAUGUUCCAUGUUGGCAUUUAUUAUGGGUACUGUGCUCUUCUUGAAAACUAAAGUUUGGCUGUAGUGUUUCUUGCUGACUUCUUUGGGGCAUGCCGUUUCGGUUUUUUAAAAAAAAGGCUUUUUUCUCUGAUAAUUUCUGUGCUGUGUAAUUCAUUUGAGACACUGUUGAAAUGUUUUGAUUUAAUAAUGUAUGAUAUUUUAUAAUCCCUUCAGCAAAAAAAGAAAAAAAAACUUUUAAUAUUGAAUAUGAACUAUGUUAGUGCAUCAGGAGGUGGGGUCCUAUUAUGUACAUCCUACAUGCAGUUCAGUUCUUCUGGUUUCCAGAAAAAGGAUUGAUGCUAAUUAAAUUAAACCUCAUGUGCACUGG